CUCACACGCACACUCCUCACAACUCACCACAUCACCACACUCACCACUCCACCCACUCCACUCACUCUCACUAACCACACUCUCACAAUAAGCACAUCACUCACACUCAUCACUCUCUCACUCACUCUCACACUCACCACUCACUCUCACUCACUCACUCACUCUCACUCACUCACUCUCACUCACUCUCUCACUCUCACUCACUCACUCACACUCACUCACCACUCACUCUCACUCACUCACUCUCUCACUCACUCACUCACUCACACUCACUCACUCUCACUCACACUCUCACUCUCACACUCACUCACUCUCACUCACACUCACUCA